UUCACUCUCGCCUCCUAUAUUUACUAUUAUCCGCCCUAAACCCCAAAACCCCUACUCAAUUUCUCCUUUUCUGCCAAUUCUCCUGGCCGCCAACAAUGGCAGAACUCAAACUCUCAGAAAGCAAAGACCUAACAAGGAUUGAACGAAUCGGAGCUCAUUCCCAUAUUCGUGGGUUAGGUCUAGAUUCUUCCCUCGAACCCCGUCUUUCUUCCGAAGGUCUGGUAGGCCAACUUCCUGCUCGCAAAGCCGCCGGUGUAAUCCUUCAAAUGAUUAAAGACGGUAAAAUCGCGGGUCGUGGGGUCCUAAUUGCGGGUCAACCAGGUACCGGAAAAACUGCCAUAGCAAUGGGUCUUGCAAAAUCACUUGGUCAUGAAACCCCAUUUGCUAUGCUUUCUGGGUCUGAGAUUUUUUCCCUUGAAAUGUCGAAAACAGAAGCAUUGAUGCAGGCUUUUCGCCGUGCUAUUGGGGUUCGAAUUAAGGAGGAAGCUGAGGUUAUUGAAGGAGAAGUUGUGGAGGUUCAAGUCGAUAGGCCUGCUGCGUCGGGGGUGGCAGCGAAAACGGGGAAAUUGACAUUGAAGACGACGGAUAUGGAGACUGUUUAUGAUUUGGGAACUAAGAUGAUUGAAGCAAUUAGUAAGGAGAAAGUGCAAAGUGGGGAUGUGAUUGCCAUUGAUAAAGCUUCUGGGAAGAUUACUAAGCUUGGAAGAUCAUUUUCGAGGUCGAGGGAUUAUGAUGCAAUGGGACCUCAUACUAAGUUUGUUCAAUGUCCUGAUGGGGAAUUGCAGAAGAGGAAGGAGGUUGUUCAUUGUGUUACUCUUCAUGAAAUUGAUGUUAUUAAUAGCAGAACACAAGGCUUCCUCGCACUCUUCACUGGCGAUACUGGUGAAAUCCGUGCUGAAGUUAGGGAGCAAAUCGACACAAAGGUGGCUGAGUGGAGGGAAGAAGGGAAGGCGGAGAUUGUCCCAGGUGUUCUGUUCAUUGAUGAGGUGCACAUGCUGGACACUGAAUGUUUCUCUUUCUUAAACCGUGCCUUGGAAAACGAGAUGGCACCAAUUUUAGUCGUUGCAACUAACCGGGGUCAUACAAAAAUUAGAGGGACUAAUUACACAUCUCCUCAUGGCAUUCCUAUUGAUUUACUUGACCGGCUUCUCAUCAUUUCCACGCAACCAUACUCGGAAGAAGAGAUCCGCAAAAUCUUGGACAUCAGAUGCCAAGAAGAGGAUGUUGAAAUGUCCGAAGAAGCAAAAGUACUGUUGACAAAGAUUGCUGUAGAAACAUCGCUUAGGUAUGCCAUCAACUUGAUAAACACAUCUGCAUUAGCGAGCCAAAAACGGAAGGCAAAAACUGUAGAGAUGGAGGAUGUCAGCAGAGUUUAUCAGCUGUUUCUGGAUGUGAAGAGAUCAACACAAUACUUGAUGGAGUAUCAAAGUCAAUACAUGUUCAAUGAAGUUUUGGGAGGAGACGAGGAUGAAGACACCGACAUGAUCUCUUAAUAUCUCUUUAUUGUUGAUCCUAAACUUUAGAUCUGAAAAUUUGUUGAUCGCUUCGGCUGAACUUUAAUUUUUUUGAUCUUCACUUGGAUGUGUAAUUGAUUUGCUUGCAAAGAUUAUAUAGUUGCUGCUGGAAGAGUGUAGCUCGC